AUGGCGGGAGAUGUUGUUCCUCCGCCCUAUGUCAUCACCGCCAAUGACAAGCGCGGCCUGAUUGUCGUGACGGGCGCUUCCGUGUUGGCUUUUGUCUGGUGCUGCUCAUUGAUCCGCGUUUGGCUGCGAUGGAGAUUAAAAGAGUGGAGAUCAGAUGACUGGUGGUUUGCGGCAGCAACGGUGCUUGACACCGUGCAGACGGGCAUUAUCUUGCACCUCGUUACUCUGGGCUUGGGCGCAUCUCAGGACAAAAUACCGUUACCGCAACGCGAGCAACUGGGCAAAGAAGGUUUUGCAAGUCAGCUCCUGUACGUCUUUGUGAUCCUGGCCUCCAAACUAUCCAUUCUCUUCCUCCACCUACGGAUAUCGCCCGGAGGCUCGCAUCGCAUCGCAGUAUGGGCGACCGUGGCUUUAUCUUGCAUAUGGACCAUAAUAUCUGUCGUCCUGGUCUCGGUGCCGUGUAACCCAACACAGACAAUUCUAAACCACACCAACUGCAACAACCGGUGGCCCAAAUGGCUCUCAAUCGGCAUUCUCGACAUGGUAACCGAAUUCUUCAUCUUCGCCCUGGCAGUCCUAUUAGUCCACUUCCUGCACAUGCGACGCUGCGCAAAAGCCCUGGUCGUAUUCGCAUUCAGCGCGCGUCUCCCCGUCAUCGCAAUCGCAGCUGUCCGGCUGUACCUUCUGCGUGACCGCAUAGCCGGGUCAUACACGUUCGACUACCUCGUGGCCACGCAGUGGCAAAUGGGCUACGCCAUCAUGAGUUGCACCAUCACGGGUCUGGGUCCGUUCCUCAAGCCCUUCGACAGCGAGUACGUCGAGAGCUACAAGCACUAUAACCAUAGCAGUUCGCAUCGCUCGGCGAGCCAGCACGUAACGACAGGCUCGAGCGCAAGCUCUGUUCUGCCGCCUCGCCGUACCAUGCCGCGGAAAAACCAAGACAACAUCUCAGAGUCGUACUUGAUGAACGACAUGCCCUCACGCAGUGGCAGCAAGCGAACUGUGCCUGACCAUCGCCGCUCGUCGUCUGGGGGAGAGCUCCGGCAAUCAGAAAGUCCCCUGCCCAAUGCGCCCGUCAUGUUGACGGCCGAUGAGCACUUUCGCCCCACCCAUAUUUACCGCGGCCACGAGGCGGAAGUAUGGGUUGGGGAACGGAGUCCAAGUUUCCCCCAAGAAGAAACGUACACGAGCUCUGGAGCAAAUGGCGCCCGACGACCGCACUUGGUCAUUGGCAAAAAGAAGGAGUUCAAGAUUGAAGUUGAUAGGGCAAGCCGGAUAGUGUAG